GUGCGCAUGCGUCCUUCAGUCCGUCACUCGGAGGUUCCCCUCAGGCAGCUCGGAGCUCAGGUGGAAUAAAAACUGUCUUCCUGCUGCUGUAAAGGGGAACUGAGCGCUGCUGCUCGGGAGGCUGAAGAGGAACAUCUCCAGGAGAACAGAGAAACCCUCAUCACAGGGCGGGAACACGGCGCUAACCGGGCUAGCCGUUAGCAGCAGCAGUGCGUUUAAACGUGCUGUUUUAUCAGAGUCCGAAUCAUGGCGGUCCAGGUGUCCGAGUCCGACCAGAUCAAACAGUUUAAGGAGUUUCUGGGGACGUACAACAAGGUGACGGAGAACUGCUUCAUGGACUGCGUCCGAGACUUCACCACGAGAGACGUGAAGCCCGAGGAGUCGAGCUGCUCCGAGUCGUGCCUGCAGAAGUAUCUGAAGAUGACUCAGAGGAUCUCCAUGCGUUUCCAGGAGUAUCACAUCCAGCAGAACGAGGCUCUGGCGGCUAAAGCUGGCCUGCUGGGACAGUCGCGCUGACCCUGAACCUGGGCCGGGCCGUGCUGGUCCCGGUCCAGCAGAUCCUCCGGCGCUGUAAAAACAGACUCUGAAGCUCCGCCCCCUCAGAUUCUAUCCGCAGGGUGAAGGAAUUAGUCGGCUGUUCUGUGCAUCAUGGGAAAUGUAGUUUCAGAUUCUUUAUUAACAUGCAGAAUAUUCCUUUAAUGUGCAGAUUUGUCUUUUUAUUGAACACAACGACCGACCGAUGUGGUGAUGAUGAUGAUGAUGAGCUGACCUCAUUUUUCAUGUUUGGAAAUAAAAAUAAUCCGACAUCAGGAAUGUGUGGAUGUUUUCAUCCCUGUUAGGAAGUGCGUUACUGCAUCCAGCCUCACUCUGGCUCUGCUGCAGAUCACACAGAGUCCUGAGAAACGUUCAUUUUCUUUUUGUUUACUGUAUUUUUAACAACAUGCAAAAGUAACAAAGUUACUCAGUUACUUUUAAAGUGUUUUUCCUGCAUUUUACAUGAAAUGUACUUUGUCUUGCAUCAUGAUUCAGAUCAUUAC